UUCUCUCCAUCUUCUUCACCUCUUAUGGCGACUCCGAAUCAGGAAGCAAUCGACACUUUCAUGAGCAUCACCGGCGCUUCAGACGCCGUCGCCGUUCAGAAGCUCGAGGAACAUCGUGGUGAUCUUAAUCAAGCUGUGAAUGCAUAUUUCAGCGAGGGAGAUCGAAAUGCAGUACAUGAAGCACCAGUGAAUGUCCCUCAUGACGACGACGCAAUGGAUAUAGAUGAUGUGAUUCCCACUGCACAAUCUCUUCUCAAUGCAGCUAGAACAGCGGGACCCUUUUCGCUUCUGGAUUCAAACUUUGGUAGAAGUAUAUUUGAUAAUGAUCCUCUUAUGCCGCGACCACCUCCAUUUGUUAGUCAUCCCAGAGAGGUUAGGCAGAUACCCAUAGAGGUUAAGGAUAGCAGUGGGCCAUCAGAACGAUCUAGUGAUGCUCCUACUAUUGAGGAUGUCACAGAAACAGCACAUGUUCAGGGUCCAGCUACUCAAGGGACGGUUAUUAUAGAUGAAGAGAGUGAUGAUGAUAUUCCUUAUGCACCAACGACAAGGAGUAGGCAAGUUAUACAUGCCGGUCCUGCACCCAAUAAUGCUCAAGAUUACAAUGAUAUCGAAGAAGAGAUGAUCCGAGCUGCCAUUGAGGCCUCAAAAAUGGAGGCUGAGGGAUCAAAUAAUCCUUUGCCUGUAGAGAGGCCGUCUCACAUGGGAGAUGAUGAUGACAUAGCAAAAGCUGUCACGAUGUCAUUAAAGUCAGCGGAGGAAGAAGUUUUGCGCAAUCAAGGGUAUAAAGCCUCAACUUCAGAAAUAGGACCUUCUGAAACGGCUGCUGCUCAAGCACCUCAAGACACCCAAGCCCUGAACGGAAGAUUGGCAGCACCUACCGCACCAUUUGAGGAUGACUCUGAUGAUGUUGAUGAGGAGCCCCUUGUUAGACACAGGCCAAGACGUGCGGCGUCUGGAUCACUGGCCCCAACAAACGCUGACCGUUCCCGGAGCGGGAGUCCUGAAGCAGAAGAUCCAGCGGGUAGAGGCAAUGGUUUUCCUUCUGAGUGGGGAGGCAUAUCGUCCGAGGAACAUGAUGAAGCUGUCAUGCUUGAGGCAGCCAUGUUCGGUGGCAUUCCUGAAACUGGAUUCAAUCAUCUUCCAUUCUUACCACCUCAGCAGAGAGCAUUUGCUCCACCGCGUCCACCCUCACCUUCAUUGACAGCUCAGAGGAUGAUACGAGAACAGCAGGAUGAUGAGUAUCUUGCAUCCCUGCAAGCUGACCGAGAUAAAGAACUGAAAUCCAUUAGAGAUGCUGAGACACGUCAGCUAGAGGAAGAAUCUGCUAGGAAGGCUUUUCUGGAGGAAGAAAAGAAAAAAGAAGAAGAAGCUCAAAGACAACUCGAGGAGGAACAGGAGCUACAGAGGCAACUAGAUGCGAAAGAAGCUUCUCUACCUAAGGAGCCACAAGCAGACGAAGAGAAUGCCAUUACACUUCUAGUCCGAAUGCCAGAUGGAACUCGACUUGGUCGCCGUUUCCUUAAAUCCGACAAACUCCAAACUCUUUUCGACUUCAUAGACAUAGCCAGAGUGGUGAAACCCAAGAGUUACAGACUGGUGAGACCAUAUCCCAGGCAUGCGUUUGGGGAUGGAGAAAGUGAGUCGACUCUGAAUGAUCUUGGAUUAAGCACCAAACAAGAAGCAUUGUUCCUUGAGCUUAUCUGA